GCCGGGCCGGGCCAUUUCCGGUGCGUUGGCCUCUCUCUGAGGCCGAGGCGCGCGUGUCCCGGUAGUUGCCGCGCGCCCGCCAUGGUCCCGCGGGAGCUCGGUGGUCUCCUGCCCCUGCUGCUCUUCCUGCUCGGCGCCUGCGCGGUGUCCAGCUCCCCCGGGCCGGGCGGGACCUCGCCGCCCCCGGGCACCACCGCCGUCGCCAACGGGACAGGGCCGGCCGGGAACCACAGCGACAGCGGGGUCCGGGGCCUGGACCUGCUGGGCGGGCGGCUGCCCGCGGUGCAACGGGGCUUCUACGUGCUCAGCGGCCUCUGCGUGCUGGCCGCGCUCUACUUCCUGGUGCGGGCGCUGCGGUUGAAGAAACCUCAGCGGAAGAAGUAUGGUCUCCUUUCAAACUAUGAUGAAAAUAUGGAGUUGGGUUCUCUGGACAGCGAUGAAGACACAGUGUUUGAAACAAGAAAUCUGAGACGGUGAUGUGGGACCAAUGGCUCCAACUCCACAGACUGACCGAGAAGGUGCAAGUCCACCAGCAGAAUUGCCUCACCAGUUCUUGGGUUUAUUUUUUCUAACUGCUUAAGAUGGCUGCUAGCUAACAGCACACAGUUUUAUAGGUGUGUGUGUGGGAGGGAAGGCAGAGUAGUAAAACGAUAAGUCCUACUGCCCUGGGUGUUAUUGCUCAUGCAGGAACCAUUGUAACUCUCUUGAUAACGAAAAUGUGACUCUCUAAGGUGGGCUUUCAGUUUCUAACAUUCCUAGUGAUGGACUGAAGUAUUGCAGCCACAUCAGCCGGCCUACGAAAUCUAGUCAGUAUCCUGUAUACAUUUAUAUCCCACCCUAUAGCAACUAUUGCAGUGAAACUGAAGUGGUAUCAGGCAGUUGGAUUCUGCUUGUUGCCCACACAAUGCUCUUACUUUUUACUUAUUGCCUUUAUAACUGACUCCACGUCAAGCGAUAUCAGUCUCUGAGGUCUGGAGCUAUCCCUUGCAUUAGGUAAUGGAUCUGUACUGUAGUUCAGCCAGCUGGAGAGUGGCUGUGGGGCGGGGAGGGAGCGGGUUCAGUGCAUCAGUGUUCUUGCAGUUGCUAUUAGGGCUAAUGCUGCAACCUAAAGAUGGAAGCGACGCAGUGACAAUACAAGUCAUUACCUGACUUACAGAAUGAAGAAAUGUGUUUACAUUUAAGGGAUAUCACUGAGCCAGGAGGAGAGUCUGAAGUAGUAAUAACUUGUUUGGCUAGACUGUGGGAUCAACACAUGUUCAAACUCUACUAUUUUGUAUAGUUGCAAACCAGAGUACCUGCAAAAGACCCCUUUGCCGCAGAGUUGUUUAAUAUCUACCAUGCUAUUAGAUUCAGUACAGAUGGCAUUGUCGUCAGACAUAGAAAGUCGGAAGUACUUGUUCCCAAUGCAACGCAUCCAAGAACAACUGUUGGCUGGAAAAAGCAGAAUAACCUUGAAGAGGAGUUGAAGCCGGAUCCCUGUUGACUGCAAAUCUUAAACUGAGGCAGUGCUGGUUCAAAAAUAGCUCUUCUUGCGUGUAGGGAGCAGUUUCAGUCCAUGCAUUAGUGCUCUGGGCUGAGCCAUGGAAUAAGCCCAGUGAGCCGCAGAAAUGUCCCGUUGUAGCCUGGUUGUGUUGAUGGUCAGUGACCUGUGGUGAAGGGGUCAUAUGUGAAUGUACUAGAAGUGUGCAGCAAAUAUCUCCUUCCCUGUACCCUCAUCAAGUACAGACCCUGCUUGUACUGUGAUGGAAACUGCUAGCAACAAUCCUGUUUAAAGUACACUUCUUGCAAGCGUGUGGCUUCAGCCACAAUGCAGAUGCAGGGUGCAGUUUAUUUGAAAAUUAAGGGCCAUACUGCCCUGCAAUCCUGAAGAUCCCACCUCUCCUCUAGGGAUUGGGUGCCAUUGCUCCAAGAAUCCCAGCACAGUCAGCCUGUAAGCUAGGAAAUACCCUACUGGAGAGGUGCAGCUUUAAGGCUACAGGACUGUAUUGUUCUCAAUACAGAUUGGGUGCUACAUGAAGCAUCUUUGGGAGAGAAAUAUGGGAUAGCAGCUCCUUUCUCUCGGAAAUGAAUUCUGUCUUGUUAAUGAGGGAGAAACUGACCUGUUACAAAAAGAGCGCCAAGGAGAAUGAUUAAAAAUUGACCAUGCUUAAAUGGGUUUGCUGCCAGCCAGGCAGCAGAAGUGAUCUCUGGGAGCUGUGCCAUGCUUUGAAGUCCUGAACCAAGACAGUGUAGAGAGCACCAUGUCCCUUGGGGUCAUCUACGCAACAGGCAGUAUUUCUUGAUACCAAGGUAUCCUGAUUAGAAGUGUUGAUUUCCUCUACCACCCCAGAUACCUUAGCUCUUAGCUGUAGGCUCCCCAGCCUGCUGAAAGAGGUGCGUACUUGUUUAAGAUUGAAAAACAAAAUAUUUUUGAAAGGACGACUUCCGUAUGAUCAAAGAGCACCUUGAUAGUCACAAAUUUCAUCUAAUUUGUAUCUGUUAAUGUCCAUUUUAGCACCUUUGUAUGUUUAACUGAUGCAGAGAUGACAGUGUGCUUUCUGUGUUACCCGAGCACAGCUGUAAUGGCUGAGUUUGGCCGGUGAUGCAGAGAGUUAGCUUGUUUUGAUUCAUUAGAAUGGUGGUGUCUUCAUCCCUUCUAGGGCGGUACUCCAUAAACACCCGUGGUAAUGCUUGCCUUAACCCUUCAGCUCCCAUCACACCUCUUUUCCUGUAAAGCAUCAUUCACAGGUCACUUAAGUCAGACGCUGCAUUGCAGGCCAGUUAGUUAACGGUUUGGCUCAGGUUUUGUAAUGUUCAUCGGCCUUGCAUUAGCUGAGGCAAGUUAUUUUUUCAUUCCUUAAGUUCUGCUUCUCUGUUGGACAGAGUGAGUUUGCAAUCUUUGAUUUUCUUGGGUCUGUUGGAAUGAACGAUUCUAAGACCGUAUUGAUUUUAAUGUGUUAAUGGUUUAAUAAUUCUGGUGAAAGAAGAUGGGACCUAUUUUAUUUUUAUAUAUAAAUUUUUUUUCAAUUAUUCAGGUACAAACUAGGGGCCUAUUAUGAAAAUGUUCUAAGUGGAGUUUGAUGUCCCCUUAGUAAUUAUUAAAAAUCUAGGUGAGGAUAGCGCUAGUGUAUGUAACCUGUGAGAUACCAGUUCUGCUGGUAUUGAGUAGGUGCCUAAAUUCACCCCAUUGCAGAAGGCUGGCAUGAUGCCUCUGUCCCUCUUUAAACCCUCAAAAUAAGCUGUGCAUGGGUGAAUUUUGCCCCCUGGAGAGUAGAAGCAAUAUUUCUGUGGGUGUAGAGGGGACACUUGCUACCUAGGAAAAGCCUCUUGCACUUUUUGAUCUGAGUCUGUUCUGGUUGGAGACUGACCUGACCUCUGGCCAAUUCCAUAUUAAAAGCUGACUUGUGUAGGCUAUUUUUUCUCUUAAGCAUGGGGAAUGCACCUUAAAUUCUGUGUCUUGAAGUCUUUACAUCAGCUUGGCGUUGCACGUCACGAGCCAAGAUUAUCUCCUCACAUUCCUGCUCUCAGGCUUUUGGUUGCUCUAAAUUAUUAAUGUACCUUGCGGGAAGAAGUAAAAUUGAUGACAACAACAAGGUAAGACUCCUUUCAGUGCAGAUCUAUUGCUCCAUGUGGCUUUUGUGCCUCCCCAAGCUGACCCAAAAGAAGAGUGGGAGAGUCAGCACUGUGGCGAGACCCGCUUCUGAGAGCGGUGGAGACGUCUUGGCAAUGGACAGUUGGAGUGAGGCCAGCAUAGCCCUUGCAGGACUAUUACUAAUAAUGGUGGCUUUUAAAUCCUGGCUCUUAUUUCCCCCAAAGAGAGGAGCUCAGGCUGGGAGGUGCCUUCAGUGGUUAUUUUAAUUUUUUUUUUUUAAAGCAUGUUUUGGGUUCCAUGUGGACACCCCGGUAGAUCACUCUGCAGUAUGCCUCCGGCAAAGCUUUUGGGGCCCUCCCAAAGUGCCUCUGGCAACACCCCCUCUUCUGAAAAAUGGUUUUGAUGUGUGUCCUACUUCCUGUUGUUCUGGGUGUGAGGGGCCACUCGCUCUGGCUGCUGCCUCUUGCCAUGGGCCUUCCCAGUCUGCUCCCUCCAGACUCUUGAGCUUCAGAGCCUGACUCGGUGGUUGCCAAAGGGCCUGAUUCUCAGGACACCGAGCACUCCUGAAGUCGAUGUGAGCUGAGGAUGAUCAGGACCAAGAUUGUGUGAUGCUUCUUAAUGUUCAUGCAGACAUUGACCAGCGUGUGCUCCAGGUAACAGCUAUAGAGUUGAAACUGUUAGGGUUGUUUAAGCCAAAGGCUAAUUAACAAAAUUUACAUAAUUCUCUCUAAUCUGUUUGGGGGGUUGUAUCGAGUUGUCUAGUACUGGCAUCGAACUACUCACUGCUGAACUAAUAGGCAAAUCGUCUGGGGCUUUUGCUGCGGUUAAUGAGAUUGAUUCAAAGUGAUACUGGGCUGCAGCGCUCUACUGUUAAUACUGUACUCUAGUUUUGUUGCAUUUGCACAUGACUUGAAUGUGAUCUGUAGCACUGAGGUGCUGAGAGAGACCUGUGGUCUGAACAGAUUGCUUGGCAGUCAAUAAAAAAGCACUCUAGUGCACAGUGGUUUCCCUCCCCCUUGGAGUGUGCUUGUUUUUAAACAGCAGCCAAUCCUGUAUUGAUCUUCCAUUUUCCUUUUGGUCACCAUUUGUCUCCACCCCUCAUAUCUUCAAACCAAUAAAAUAAAACAUUCCAUUUCAA